AUGAAUCUGUCCAAAAACACGGAAAAUCACCCGGCUCCAAUGGCGUCGCAGUCAUCGAGGAAUCAACCCGCUAACAGAUACCCAUCAGCUUCGCCCUCGCCAGUCCCCAUCCGCAAGAGCCGACCAUUGCAAGCUCUCAACUCGAACCAAGUUUCCCGGAGGACUUUUGGAGAUGAAAACAAGGAAAAUUAUCGGGCAGACAGCGUUUCCCAGAGGCCAACAGGAAAUGGCAAAAUGGACCCGACCAGCGUCCUUCUGCAACCGCCCACUCAUGCCAGCCUCUCGGCCCAAGUUCGCCAAUCGCAACCUGCUUCCCAGCCCCUGGUGCCCAAGCCAUCAAUUCAACAAGUACAGCUUGGUUCCAUCCCUAAUUCGACCCAAUGGGCACAUCACCCAGUCAACGAUCCGUUGCACUUUGUGAAUGUAGACAAUACCCUUUGUCACACCACCGAUUUCUUCCCCAGUUCCUUCCUUCAGGGGGAGGUGGAUGGGCCCGAAGCGGAUCCAUUUUCCAAGCUCUCCGCUCGAACGUUGGCGUUGAUGGACCAGCCGGAGAGCGAAGUUACUGUGUAUGACUGUGAAUACUGUGACAAGACCUAUCAAGGCAAGCAUGCGCGCAGUAUUUGGAGACGACACCUCUCCGACAAGCACAAAAUCCCGCUGUCCACCCAGCCACGCCGCACCCGUUGGGAUAAUGAUGUUAACAGACCCAAGACUGAGGAAGAGCGUCGUGAGAGGACCCUGGAGAGCAAGCGUCGCUGGGCCCGAAAGAACCGCGCUGCCAAGAAAGCCGCUCGAGAUGGGCAAAGAAACUCGAUGGAACACGUGGCAGCGGUCCUUCACUCCAGGUCCCUCUCUCAUAAUCUAGCGACGAGUACCCCAGAUAGGAGCCGGGCGCCCUCCCCAAGCAUGUACCCAUCAUCGUUUGGUCACCGGGCUCACACAGCAGCUGGUUCCCCGGAAUUCUUCGCUAGCGUUGACUCGCACGCCUAUCAUCACUCACUACAGGGCAAUCAUGGCCGAUCAUCCGUGCCGAUAAUGCCCCGUGACUCCAGUGUCCCUCACACGUUUUCGCAUGGUCCCCCACCAAUGUCGUCUCACUCGUCGCUGCCCUGGGGCCAUGUCCCCUUCAACCCCUCUUUCCCUAUCAGGCAGGCCACUGCCCCUGCGGAAUGGUCAUUCCAACCGGCGGCCGAAUCGAAACCCAGCUCCUAUUCUUUCGGAAACUACUCGGCCCCCCCGGACACGCACUCACUGCAAUUUUCGGAGCGCUUCGCUAAUGAGGCAAAUCAAUCUUGCUAUUCGCCUCAUUCCUCGCAAAACCAAAGCCUGCGUCAAAGUCCUCCGGCGACGUACGAAACUGAAGUCAGCCACCAUUCAGAGUUGGCCCACCCACCCGAGCUCCCUGAUCCCUAUCCGAGUGCGCCCUUGAACUUCCAGUACCACAGCUGGGAGUUGAGCGAGCGUUUCAACUUCGCGCCGGCGGUCCCCUCGCCCCCAUUGGAGCGUCUCAGCUACGAGUCGCACGCCAAGCGUCCGAGAUUGUCUCUUCCGUCUCCCGGCCCCAUGCCCAUGCACCAAUACGAGGACUUGGGCCAAACGUAUGCAACCUGCGAUCCGGAGGCCUUGAUGGAAAGCCACAGUUUCCAACAGGUCAAUGUCCAGGACCUUUCGAUCUCGUCCAGCGAGGCUCUCCAGCUGGAAACGAAAAGCUCCUCUGUAGGAUCAGCCCGCGAUCAGGAAGCUGAAAGCGAGUACGGUAGCUUCGGUGAGCAACGCAUCAGCUCCCAAGACGAGCUGAACAACACUUCCUACCACACCCUCGAAUCACCGCCUUACACCAACAGGCAGCAGGAUGUACUGGAAGGGCAUCCCCGACCAGCCACUGCUGGAACCUUCGCACCGCUGGUCGAUGACCACGAAUACACCCGUCUCGGGCCCCUCGACAGAGCUGCUACGGAGCCCCAAUUCUCCGGCCAGCAUGAUGAUCUCCAGACGCCCCUUCGGGAGUCUGGGCUUCGAUCCGACGGAAGGUUUCACUUUUCUCAUUCGCCCAUGGGUCGGAUGGAUGCUCCAGGUCUCGAUCCAGCCGAUCUGCUGAGCUCGCCUGCAGUUUCCCGACCCGAUGUCAAUGCGAUCUCUCUCUGUCAUGGCCACUAUGCUCCCAUGAGUGCUGGCAAGAGACGCUCUUCGGAAAGCCACCACGUCCAGCCCUCGAGCCAAUCAUCCCACAUGAACCAGGGUGAUUGGAAUAACCAAGUCCUCCAGACUCCCUCAGGGCUCUCCCGCUUCACUUUCAGUAACGGCAUGGUCUCUUCUCCUGCCGGUGGGGCUGGACUUUUUGGGUCGCCCCACAACCUCUUAAGCAGGAGUCUAGGACUCACGCUGCCCAGCACCGGGGCAUCUGGGGAAGAUUGUCUCGGGGGUCUUUUGGUUGGUUCCCCUUCUUGGGAUGUGGUCCACCGAAGAGCUUGA